AUGCUUCCCAAGAAGCGCAUGCUUCAGGCACAUUCAUCCCUCCUUCAUCAGCUCAAGGCCAUCAUGGCGCUCAUGCAACCCCUCCUCGCUCCUACGUCGACUAGACACGACGACAAACUCAUACCCAGAGUCGUCCCUGCGCGGCGGAGGUUGACUCUUCCGGAGCGGAUACCCCGCGAUGCGUGGGACUCCCACAUGCACGUAGUCGACCCUGCCGCGUAUCCCUUGGCAAAGGAUGCCGUCUACUGUCCCAAGACACAUCGACUCGACCAAGCCCUCUCCUUCGAAGCAUCGGUCGGCAUUGACAACAUCGUCCUCGUACAACCCUCCAUCUACGGCAACGACAACACUUGUCUUCUUGAUGCUUUGCGUGCCCUUGGUCCUCGCCGUGGCCGGGCGGUUGUAGCUUUCGAACCCGGCAGCUUAUCUGAGAGUACCCGCAGAGAGUGGCACAAGCUCGGUGUAAGAGGUGUUCGCAUCAACCUAUCAUCCGUCGGAAAGUCACUCAACGCCGUGGAACUCAACGAGCUUUUACAUCGAUACGCAAAAGAUUGCAAGCCUCUAGACUGGGUCAUACAGGUGUACAUGCCCAUGUCCAUGAUCGAGCUGUUGGAACCCAUCGUCCCAGCUCUCGGCGUCCGCGUCUGCAUCGACCAUCUCGGCCAUCCUUGCGUCAAAGACAUGCCAUCACGCAACCCAUACGGCAUGAAGGGCUUUAAAUCCCUGGCAAAGUUGUUGAGAGCUGGCAACACCUACGUCAAGCUGUCAGCACCAUACCGACUGAGCUCCAAGGCCGACCACAGCGACUUGGAGCCCAUCGCACGAGAAGUCCUGCACCUGCGAGGCAAAGACAGGGUCAUCUUUGCAACGGACUGGCCGCACACCAGGUUUGAGGGCCUAGACAUCCGACCCUGGAUGGAGACGGUUCUUGAUUGGUGUGGCAAGGACGAUGUCCUAGUCGACAGGCUGUUCAGAGGCAAUGCGGAGGACUUGUGGAAUACCCGGCACAGAGAAUGA